AUGGCCUCGCUACGGGCCUACGGCCCACAUGGAAACGCUAGCUGGAGACGUUUGCCUGCGCGGGACGUUUGGACGUUUUCGCCGGCAGCGCUCUCUUCCGCAGCCUCCACCGGGGGGAUUUGCACAUUUGCCUCCACCGCCGCCGCCUCGCCUCCACCCAGCGCCGGCCCCUCCGCCCGUCCGCCCCAGAUCCCACCGUGCGCCUCUCCUCUUUCUCCCGCACCGCACCGUCCCGCAGCGCAGCCACCCUCCUUUCACUACAAGCCGCCGGACCAUCUCCUGCUCCUACUACCGCACCGCCGGACCGCCGAGCAGCACCCGAGCCGCCCUACCAAGCGCCCUCUCCUCACCGACGCAUCAUCUCCUUUCCAGCGAGGUUUGCUCAUGGAAUUCGACGACAGCGACCUCGUCUUCGAUUUCGAGGCCGACCUCCAAGACGCCGGCUCCGACUCCUCCGUUGUGGUGGGCGCCGCCUCCGCCUCCAACGCAUCACUCGACCCCGCCGCGGCCGGGCAGCACCAUGACCAAGGCCCCGUCCGGCGGACCGUGUGCAAGUACUGGCUGAAGGGCCUGUGCAUGAAGGGCCAAUCCUGCGGGUACCUACACCAGUACGACCUGGACCGCAUGCCGGUGUGCCACUUCUUCCGCGCCGACGGCUACUGCGACAAGCUGGAUUGCAUCUUUAAGCACAACGCCGAGGACGCCAAGGAGUGCACCAUGUAUAACAUGGGGUUUUGCCCUAAUGGUCCCUGUUGCCGGCUCAGGCAUGUUAAGAAACCUGGGCCGCCUCCUCCGGCCGACGAAGUUGUCAAGAAGCUUCAGCAGAUGAAUCCGCGGAACUAUGGCUCAUCAAGUGCAACUUAUCAGGCCAGAAACAAUAACAGUAAUCAGCCCGAGAAAGAGAGUCAAAAUUUGGCUGCAAAUGCUACUCCUGUAGUGAAACAACCUGCUGCACAUCAUGCUCAGACAGAAAACCCACAGCAUGUACCACCACCACACACACAGGAGCAACAACAACAUGCUCAGGUGCAAGGUGUUCCUAAUGGUUCAUCUGACCAAGCUACUAUAACUGCAAGCCCACUUCUACAAGGGCAAUCAAGGCACUCUGUUGUUAAAAGUUGCAACCAGGAGAAUCUGGAAAUAUCAGUUCAGCAGGGUGUUUGGGCGUUCCAAAAAGGAGUAAUGAUGUCAUUUUAAUAUUCUCCAUCUCUAGGACUCUAUAUCUCCAGCCUCCAGGGUUGUACGAAGGUUACUUCUCAAUUUGGUGGUGGGAUUUGGAAAUAUCAAGUCCAUUAUUGUCAGAACUUCUCUACAGUGGCUUAAGGAUGCGCUGAUGAGGCACAUGGAGUUGGCGCUGAUGAAGGUGUCAUGCUAUGUGAGGAGGGAGGCGAAGAAAAGGACCAGAACUGUGGUCCAUGGUGAUAGUUUUGGAUCUGUGGCCACAGAUUUGCUGGUGAUUUCAGGGUUCUCUGCCCAAUAAGUGCAUAUUCAUGAGUAUAUCUUGCAUGUACUAUCUGCAUCCACCACAGCAUGGGUCGGCCAUAGCUGUUUCACAUCCGGCAUCCCGCCUCCCCGUGGAUGCAUGUAAAGGCAGUGUCCACCAGACCACGAGGACUACAAGAAACAGCUCAUCCACCACAGUGCACUGCUAGUUUGCCACAUUGAGGUACUUCUUUGAUCUGAUUCUUGCCCUCACUAUAAAUCUUGUUGCUUCAAAAUUGUGUAUAUUGGGCACUCAGUUGGAGAUUCGCUUUGCUUGUUAGAAGCAGUGGUAUUGUUUUUCAUUUGCUACUAGGUCAUCUUGCUAGAAGUAAGGGGGCCAGUUAACUAUGGCGCAAUUCUCUAUCCAUUAUUAAUCUAUAUUUUUCUUAUGAGCUGUACUAUCGACCAAUCUUUCAUGGAUAGAUUUGGGGAGAAUACCUGAGAUAGGAGGUGACUUGUGCAAGUGUGUAAUCACGACUGACUAAUUUACUACAGGUAGGUAGUAUUGCCCAAGAGAACCUACCUAUAUACAAACAAUGCUUGCCAGUUAGUUAUUUCUGCUGUUUAUUACUCAGCUUUUGUGGGGUUUGUUAUUGCUGCUGUUCCCUAAGGUAAUCCUAGUAGCACUUAAUAUGUUGAGAUCAUGUACUAGUGGUCUAUAUAUAUGACCAGCACUUGAUGUACAUAUUUAUAUAAUCUUGUUUUUUCUACGAAUUGCGUGAUCAUAGUUGUGUCUGCAAGAUAAUGGCUCUGCUCUUGACGUAAGAAGCAAACGAAUUCACCUUGAUUAUUUUCUUUGAAUUUAAUCUGUUAACAUGCACAGUUUACUUGUGAACUAACUAACUAGGAGGACAGUAGCUAGCUUUCUGAAACUGCAGGAGCUAUCAUUCUGCACCAAUGGUGUUUGCAAAUUUCGACCACAAUGGACCAAGAAAGAGUCGUAGUCCCUAGUGCAUUGCUGAUGUUCAUGUCAUUUCUUGCUGGCUUGUUGAUGAUGGAUGCUUAGAAAAUUGUAGCCCAGCAUUGUCGUGUAACUCAAGUUACCAAUUUCUUGCUGAUCUGUAUCACUGUAUGCAAUACUACAUGUAAUGGUGCAUUCAGAACUAUGUGAACUACAAUGUAAGAAAAGUUCAGAUGAUGUUUUUUCUUCUUA